UGAAGUUGGACGCGAGUCUCCGGUGACCUCUCAUCUACGCCCGUCCCACGUCCUUUCAACCGCCUGCGACCUUGUUCAUGAGCAAGGGCGGCAAAGGGGCAUCCUUCAAUCCGCUGCCUUGACUCGCACCAGGUCGCUCAAGGAGGUCUACCGUUCUACGGAGCUUCUCAGACAAGAUGAUGAACCCGUUCUCGUUCCGGCCAGGGCCGGUCACAUUCUGGACAACGGUCACCUACCUGGCUCUGAUCAUACCCAUCAUUGUCAUCAAUGAGAACACGCCGCCAGUACCGAGCGAUGAGUCCCCGGUGCCAGGCAUCAACCUCACCCAAGCCUGGCUCGACCUGACCACGCUUACUCGGGCUUACCACCCCUACAACAGCCGCUACAAUGACGAUGUCCGGAGCUUUCUGCUGCAGAGGAUCCGUUCGGUCUUGGAUGAGAACGACGUCGAGUGGACAACAGACGGGACUGGAUCAAACAAUGCGGAUGCUGCAGUCACCGUUUUCGACGACAUGAACUCGAACUGCACCUUCCUUAUGGCAUCCGGUGUGGUGGCAAAUCCCAACACUCCCAAAGUUGCCGCGUAUUUCGAAGGCACAAACAUCCUUGUGUAUAUCAGGGGUAGAGCCGACGACCAAGGCAGAUGGUGGGAUGCGGAAGCCGCCCGUAAUUCCAGGCGCAACAAGAAGGGGCUGACACUGGUGAAUGCUCAUUAUGACUCCGUCUCUACCGGGUAUGGAGCAACAGACGACGGAAUGGGCGUCGUGACUUGCCUGCAGCUGAUCCAGUACUUCUCUCGUCCCGAGAACCAGCCUGAGAGGGGCAUCGUGGUGAUGCUCAACAACGGAGAGGAGGACUAUCUGUACGGCGCCCGAGCGCUCGGACAGCAUCCUCUGCAGCCAUACAUCCACACCUUCCUGAAUCUCGAGGGCGCCGGUGCCGGCGGCCGGGCCAUUCUUUUCCGCACCACAGACCGCGAGGUGACUGCCGCCUAUGCUGGGUCCCCGGAUCCCUUCGGCACCGUGAUAGGCUCGGAUGCCUUUGGUCUCGGCUUCAUCCGGAGCGGCACCGACUAUUCGGUUCUCUACGACGUGUACGGCCAACGCGGGCUCGACCUCGCUUUCUUCAAGCCCCGAGCCCGGUACCACACAAACCAGGACGACGCGAGGCACGCGUCCCAGGGGAGUCUCUGGCACAUGUUGUCUGCCUCCGUCCACACGGCAACUCAGCUAUCCAGCGACACCGGGAAUACCUUCAUUGGCCCCCGGCCCGACGGAGCGCGCGGCAAGGUGCAGAACGGCAGUCCAAGCGACGGGGUAUGGUUUGAUCUCUUCGGCAAGGGAUUUGUACUCUUCGGUCUUAGGGGGAUGUUCGCUUGGUCGCUGACUGUGCUGGUUGCCACGCCGCUGAUCCUCAUCCUCGUCUCCUACAUUCUACACAGGGUGGAUCGGUACUACCUUUUCAGCUCAGCCGCCAAGGUACACGACGAGCCUGACGAGCAGCCUGUGUCAGUUGGUGGAUGGAAGGGCUUCUUCCGCUUUCCGUUCGCCCUUGUCGUGGCGGGUUCUUUGACCUUUGGAGCGGCGUUCUUGAUGAGAAAGGUGAACCCUUUCAUCAUCUACAGCAGCCGGUAUUCUGUAUUGGCCAUGAUGACUUCGCUGUUCUACUUUACCUUCUGGGCCAUUAUGCGGGGCGCCAACUUCGCACGACCCAGCGCGCUGCAUAGAAGCUAUGUCCAGAUCUGGCUGUUCAUCCUCGGAUGGGCCAUACUCGUUGUUGUCACGGUCGCGGAAGACCGGCUGAGGAUCGGGGCUGGCUACAUGUUCGUGUUCCUUCAGUCGUCUGUGUUCCUGGCUCUCUUCAUCGCGCUUUGUGAGCUGUUCGCACUGCCCAAGAAAGGGACCUGGGCUCGACGAGUGCGCGAUGAGCAGGAGGCAAGGGACUUGCAUCGGGGACGCUCCCACGGCGACCUUUCGCCUUCGCAGCUACCGCCUCCGGUACCCCAUCAGGAGCCGACACCGCCGGGUACGAGGCAGUCGAACGCCUCUGCUUCGGGGCCGGCCAACCCGAAUGCAGAGGACGAUGACGCGGACAUCGAAGCCCCGACAGAGCGCACACCGCUCGUGGGCGGCAACGCCGCAAGUGAACCGGCUCGCACCACAUUCGCUACAAAUUACCGCCGCUCCAUAGCCGCGCUCGUCACCAGCGCCCGACGAUACAGCGACAGCGGGCUCGGCAACGAGCCGUUCGAGCACGAGCAGGCUUGGUCCGGCCGGCUCCCCUCCUGGGCCUGGUUCCUGCAAUUCCUCCUCCUCGGCCCCUUUACCAUCAUCUUGGUCGGGCAGACUUUGCUCAUGCUCAUCGAUGCCGUCCAUCAAACCGGCGCAGACGGAAGCAGCCUGCUCCUCCCUUACCUAAUCGCGGCCCUCUGCACCGUUCUCCUCUUUUUGCCCCUGGCUCCCUUCAUCCACCGCGUCACGCACCAUAUCCCCGUGCUCCUCCUCGUCAUCUUCGCCGGCACGCUGAUCUACAACCUCGCCGCCUUCCCCUUCUCCGCCAGCAACCGCUACAAGGUCUACUUCGUCCACACGCUCGACCUGGACGCCGGCACCAACCACGUCUGCUACACCGGCAUCGAGACCUACCUCCGCGACGUCAUCGCCGCGCUGCCCUCCGCCGCAGGCAGGAACGUGUCGUGCGCCGACUCGCCCAAGCGCCAGGGCCUCGUCACCUGCUGCUUCGACGGCGCGGCCACGCCCCCGCGGCUCGUCGGCGGCGGCGACUCCGAUCUCCACGACCUCGUCACCGUCAACGCCACCCGCUUAGGCGGGGCCGACGGCAACAGCAACAACGGCGGCGUCGCGCGCGCGCGCAUCGAGAUCGCCGCCAACAACACCAAGGCGUGCUUCGUGGAGUUCGCCCGCCCCGUCGCGGGCUUGCGCGUGCAGGGCAGCUCCGGCUGGGACGAGCGGUUCGGACAGUUCCCCGAGGCUGGCGUCUCGAGUCUGCGGCUGUGGCAUCGCGAGUGGGACCGGCCGUGGGUGGUCGAGGUGGAGUGGAAGGAGGCUGGGGGUCGGGAAUCGGGGGGGCUGAGCGAGGCGGACAUGACAACUACGCCGCCGCCGCCUGUGGAUCGGGUGGAGGGGCAUUACGAUUUGGGGGGUAGUGAUGGGGAGUUAAGGAGGAGGUGGUCGUCGGAGGAUGAUGAUGAUGAUGAUGGGAAGGGAGGCGCGUUGCACGGCGCGGUGGUGUGCAUGUGGAGCGAUGCAAAUGUUGCCGGGACGAUCCCGGCGCUGGACGAGGCGCUGGCGUUUGUGCCGGCGUGGGCGGCCGUGACGAAGUUGUCUGAGGGGCUGGUCGAGGGGCGGAAGGGGUUUUCGGUGUGACGGCGCCGGGGAGGGACGAGUUGUGUCCGCGCUACUGCUAGUCUGAUUCUGCUUGGGGUUUUCUCUUGUAUGCUGUGUUUGAUCUUUGUUUCCUGGUAGUUGGGCCGGUAUUGUAGGCAGACUGGGGCUGGAGGUGUAGGUUGGGUUUGUAGGGCAUG